GGGGUUGUUGCACUUUAGCAAGGAUUGAAGGUGUUAGAAAAUAAGUAUUUAUUGUGUGUCAUCAGUUAUGAUUGUGAUUCAGAAUGUGGGGUCCAGUUCCCCAGCAAGGAUUAAGAGACAGUGGGUGAAAAGGAUUAAGUGGGGUGUUCUCCUGGGGCUGAUGGUCCUCAUCUAUGGCUCUCAUGCACCACUCAUCACUCUCACCAAGGUAGAUGGUCAAGUCCCUUUUAACCCUUCCUCAUGCGUUGUAAUGAUCGAGUUAGCUAAGCUGCUCGUGUCUCUCUUGACUCUUGUUCUAACUGGUGGUACAUCAGCCUCACGUGCUGCUUCACGCCUUGCCUUUGUGGCACCCUAUGCGGUCCCUGCCAUUCUCUAUGCCCUCAACAACAACUUGGUUGUUCUGAUGCAGGCCUACAUGGACCCCAGUUCAUUCCAGGUACUGUCAAAUCUUAAAAUUGCCUCCACUGCCCUGCUUUACUCCUUCUGUUUGGGCAAGAGGCUCCAGCCUGCUCAGUGGUUAGGCCUGGGACUCCUCAUGCUUGCAGGAGUGUGCCACAGUUACAGCAGCCUGGAUCUGGAGCUCCCUGACAGGGUUGAAGCUGAGGAAGUUCAAAGGCUUCAUAUCACAGCCUGGGGGCUUUUCCUUGUGCUGAUGUACUGCUCUGUUUCAGGGCUGGCAGCAGUUUACACAGAGGGGAUACUGAAGAGCCAGAAGCUUCCCCUAAGCCUUCAGAACCUCUACCUCUAUAUGUUUGGUGUUGCCAUCAAUGGACUGUCAUCUUUCUUUUCUGUAGCAAGUGACAAGGGCUUUCUGGAGGGCUACUCCUGGGUGGUUUGGAUCAUCAUAGCAGGACAAGCGGCAAAUGGACUCCUGAUGUCUGUGGUUCUCAAGCAUGGCAGUGGGAUCACCAGACUGUUUGUCAUUUCCUGUUCCAUGCUGGUUAAUGCGCUGUUGUCUUGGGCUAUCUUAGGUUUGCAGCUGACUCCUUUGUUCCCAGUACCUGUUGCUAUGAUUGGACUGGCAGCUUACCUGUAUUACAGAUAGUGCAAUCUCUAUCAAAGGAACCGCCAGCACAGUUUACCAUACUUCAGUUUGUUUUUGUUUGUUUGUUUUUUUAAAGCCUUAUCUUCUUACUGACACUUGAAACUGGACUUUUUUAUUUGGAAUCCAACAUUUCAUUUGUGACCAUACUGCCGUACGUCACGUUAAGUCAUGUUGCCUAAUUUGACAAUUUGAAUCAUGUUCAGAUGUUGACUUUAUAAUUGUUACACUGUUGCAGUGGAUUCAGAUCAAUCCAUAAGCAAAUGUUAUAUGUGGAGUGAAUUAUUUCAGAGUGCUGCUAUUUUAUUUUCUGUUUCUUUUUUUUUUUUUAACUUCUCUGCCAAGAACAACAUCAAUGUGUUAUUAGUGUUUUAAUAACCAAUAAAUU